CCGGAAAUAUUAAUAAAUGGGAGUUGUACUGAUAAACAACUGUAGCGCAGGUGGUGUGGCGUGAUCUCAGGUAGUCCCACCUGGAGGGGUAGGGUUGAAAAGGUUAUUUAAGUGGUUGCAUGCCUUUGUUUCGAUUCAUUCUUAUGCUAAGCCUAGAUUGUGUAAGAGCUAUCUAUACUCGUAAAUAAAAGUGAGUUAACAAGUGAAACGUCUAUUUCUUCGUUACUACUCCUAACCUAAUGGAUGGUCAUGAGAACUGGUUACCACCCGGUGACCAUGCAGACCAUGCGCAUAGUGGAACUUCGCCGACAGCAGCGGUGGGAUCACAAUCCCCUAUACUAGGCGGGCGUCGACGAUCGGUUAUUCAACCUGAGCCUACUUUUACCAUGGACCAAGUGAUGAGCCUGGUAACCACAGUCACCAAGCAAGCAGCAGCAAGUGCUGUUAAUGCGGCACUGUCUGCCACUGCCGCUAAUCCACAACAGCCGGCGCUACCCCGUGAACGAGGAAAUUUCUACCUACCCCCGUUCGACCCGGAUGUACGAUCUCAUGAUAUUCGAGAUUGGUGCGCUAAUGUCGAUGAAACCAUUUCCGUCUUCUCUAUAUCACCUCAAGAAGCACGGAUGAAAGCCAUACUUCAGUUAAAAGGAAGAGCAAAAGUGUGGGCCGACACGUGGUCUCUACAUUCAACUACUUGGGAUCAGGUGAAGGAAGAUAUAAUCAAGACAUUCUCAAAGGAGUUCCGGUAUGCUGAUGAUGUACAGAAGUGGCGCAACUACACGUCGGACCAAGCAGCGAGCUACGCCGAAUACGCCACUACAGCUUGGACAUUAUUCAAGCGCGUGCGGCCGGAAGCGAAUGAUGCCGAUGCUGUGGAUGCUGUUAUCACAGGUAUUUAUCCUGAACAUAUUAGAUCUGAAUUAUUACGAAGUACGCCUGACUCUUUGCCUAAACUAGUAUCUGUUUUGAAGACAUACCGUAAACGCAAAUUCGAUACACUAGAAAAAAUGAAUAAUAAUAACAAUUCUAAGAAAGCUCGCCCCACUGAAGUAGGUGUUAAACCAGACUAUUCGUCUACUAUUUGCUAUAGGUGUAAUAAACCUGGUCAUCGCUUUCGUGAUUGCAAGGCGCUUAAUUCUUCCGGAUCUGAUAACUCCCCCACCGUCGGUAGCGAGUCUAAAGCACCUACUGAUACUAAAUCAGUUGAAUGCAAAUAUUGUAAGAAAAAGGGCCAUGUUGAAAAGAAUUGUUUUCGUAAAAUGUUAAAUGAACGGUCGAAUUCAGACAAGUUAGUAAACCUUUGCAGCAAUCUUUCCGGCAGGGCCCGUAGUACUACUACAGUUAAAAUAGGUGAUGUUACUUAUCCUUGCUUGUUUGAUACUGGGUCUGAUUGUUCACUGAUGCGGAAACGCUUCUCUGGUUCGAUUCCCGGGAAGAGAAAGGCUGUUAAUGCCACUUUUUUCGGUGCUGGUGAGCACCCAUUUGAUUCAAGACAGACCAUUACUAAUACGGUAGAAAUAGGUGGUACUUGUGUCGAGUUAGAGUUUUAUGUUGUUGAAGAUACUGAGAUACAAGAUGAUAUCAUAAUUGGAUUUGACCUUUUGCAAAUACCUGGUCUUAGUGUCACUCAAACACGAGAUGAAAUUUCAGUGAAACGCAAUUUCUUAAUAAGCAAAUGCACACAAAAAGAAUCAUGUCUUGAGCCUGUUUUUGAUACUGACGUAAAAGAUACUGAUUUACUUAAAAAAUUACAUGAUAUUGUUGAUAAAUAUAAAGACAGCUUUACGACUGGAAAUCGCGUUUCUAAAGUAAAUACCGGUGAAUUGAAAAUAAGACUUAAAAACCCUGACAAAAUUGUACAGCGUCGACCUUAUAGAUUAUCACCUACUGAGCGCGAAAAGGUUAAGGAAAUGAUUGCAGAUCUCAAAAGCAAUGAAAUAAUUCGUGAAAGUUCUUCACCUUUUAGCAGUCCAAUUUUGCUAGUUAAGAAAAAGGAUGGUUCUGAUCGCCUUUGCGUUGAUUUUCGUGAGCUGAAUGCUAACACUUUAAGAGACCACUUUCCAUUGCCUUUGAUUGCUGAUCAGAUAGAUAAGUUAGGAAAGGCGCGUUACUUUACACGUCUUGACAUGACCGCCGGGUUUCAUCAGAUUCCUAUUGCUGAAGACUCGAUCGAAAAGACAUCAUUUGUGACCCCUGAUGGACAAUACGAGUAUUUACGUAUGCCUUUUGGCCUUUGCAAUGCGCCUUCCGUCUAUCAGCGCGCCAUAAACAAAGCACUAGGCGACUAUAAAGAUAACAUUGCUUUAGUCUAUCUUGACGAUAUUCUUAUUAUGUCUGAAACGCCUGAAGAAGGGAAAAAAUGUUUGCCACCCGCUAUCAAGCUUCUCCAAGUUGACGAUGAUGAGCCUAUAGAGGACCUUACUUCUGUUAGAAAUGUUUGUAAGCAAAGGAUGGACGAGCGAUCUUUUCAAGACAAAUUGAGGUUUGAUAUAGGUAAAGCGCGGGUCAAACCUUACAAAGUGGGAGAUUUUGUUUUGAUGCGUCGUCAUGAAAGACAUACUACCAAACUGGGUGCAAAAUUCGAGGGCCCCAUGGAGAUAUUGGAAAUACUACCUAACGACCGCUAUAAAUUAAAACAUGUCAAUUUACGUGGAAGUACUGAAAAGAUCGCUAGCCAUGAUUUCUUAAGACCUGCUCCUACGGGACAGACAGAUCCAUUUGAUAAUGAUGAUGACGAGUCUGCCGUGUGGGCGGUGGAUGAGACGAGUAGCAGUGUUCAAAAUGAAGACUGCUCUCAGUCCGAGACCCAAUAA